AUGGCGCACAGCUCGUCGGACUCACGCAAACACUCCAAGUCAGGCUCCUCCAAAUCCGGGAGCUCGAGAUCCGGGACCGGUCAGCCUGCCAAUUAUGGUGCCCAGGACAAUGGGGGAUAUUACCUCGAGACCUUCUGGAAUUGUCACGACUGCGGUGCCGGCACGUACACGUCAUCGACUACACCUCAGUGUCUGAACAUGCACUGUCAACAUAUUGCUUGUGGCUACUGCCCUACCAGGCAGGAGUGGGUGCGUAGAGAGCCUUGA